GGGGGGGGGGGGAUGUUACGAUUUUAUCUCUUUGAGCGCUACUAGCGAUGUUUGAUAUGCGUAAAGCUUGAGUACGGCACUACAACUAUGGGGUUGGGGCUUCUUGAGGAACUUAGUAAGGUGCGCCUCUAAAUGAAGAGACACACCAUGUCCCGAGACAGGUUGGUGGUUUGGCUCUCCGUUGUCUCCCCCUCGAAAGGUUGUGAAGGCGCCGUUGAAUCUCACCAUUCUUUGACUAUCUCUUCUCUAGCGUGCCGGUCUCCGAGACAGAUUACUGUGACGUUGGUGAUGCUGUCGGUCGUUUCGUCAACACCGUCAAACGACCCUUUGGCAAAAACCCCCUAUCUACUUGCGACUUUAAGAGCCUCUUCAGAUAUCGCAGGGUCAGGGGAUACAGCCGCUAGCGAAUGCAACUACACCCUUGCACGCAGCUGCAACACCGUUUCUACAAGCCUUCAAACAGUGGUCUGCAGCCCUACCUGCUCUAUCCGGUAAACUGUCUAACCUACGCAGGCCACACUAAGGGAGUGAAUAAACAGCUCUGGGCCCUCCCUACGCAGUUGAUUAUGAAUGUAGUAGACCACCCCUCACAUUGAAAAUAACUAAUCUCGCCACAAGGAC